CUUACAGGCAUUGGUAUCGAAUGGUACAUCCGGAUGGUUCGGUGGAGUUGUACCAGUUAAUGGUAUGAGAAUAGCAUUUUGGGGUAACGAAGUCGUCUCGUCCAUGAAAGGAACUGCUGUAACGUUACCGUUCUCAAGGUCCUCAAAACUAUUGUUGCCAUAUAAUCCAGAGUCAACUUGGUCGUAAUGGCUAGAGCUCUUUCGCUCCACCCUGACCAAUACUGCAUUACUUUCCUCCACGUUGGUAUCUAUUCUAAAAAAAAAAUACGUAAACUGUAUGAUUCUAGAAAAAAAAAAUCGUAUUGAAUUUGCACAGAAAACAAUGACGAGUACACAUUAAACAUAACAAUAUUUAUGUUCUCGAAUUAAUAAUUUAAAUUCAAAAAAAAAAAAAAAAACUAAAAUAUCACAAGUUUGGGUAGGUACCGAUCGCGGUGAAGAAACUCUCAACUCGGUUGCUGGCGUACGGCCCUUACGGGAAAAUUGUUUGAAAAAAGUAUACUGUUUUAUUAUUAUUAUUAACACUAUUGUUAGGUAUUACACUAUAUUUCAUUAGAAUACUGUGGUAUUGUACGUUAUGACGAACGUCGGACAGCAAUAUUUAAAAUAGGUAGGUAGAUGUCCGUACAAGAUAAUAGCUGAUUGAGGAGUGGCGGAGUGGAGGGGAAAUUAAAAAACGUAAUCGACCAAAACGAAAAGCGGUACGAUCGCAGAUAACGUACGCAGAUAGCAGUAGUGUAUCACGGCGUUGGGCAGGUGCGGGACGUUUCGCCACUGGCCGACCGGACGGUCUCUUUCGGGUUUAGGCGCCUGUGUAUUCGGCAGUCAGUAUGCGUUUUGUCUGUGCCCGGAGCCGAUUGUUAUCGCGAAACGAGCGAAUAUUGGGCACCGAUAAAUGGCUGACAAGUACCUGCGUAGCGUUUGAGGGCGAACAUAAAAACGUUGGCACGAGAAAAAAAGAAUAAUAAACCGUUGAGGACGGAUUCCGACGGCGCAUUCGGGUUUUGAUGCGACACUCGUUGUCGUUAUCGGAACGAGAGAGAGAGUGAGCGAGAGAGAGAUGCGAAUUGUUAGAAAGAGAAACGAACGUGUUGUUGUUUUUUUUUUUUUCUCGCUAUCGGUCGACAAAAAUAAAACGGAAAAUUUAACUGGCGGCUCGGCGCCGGCGGGUGUGACUUUCGCGAGUCCGCGAACGACUCGGCAUUCAGUCGGCGGUCGUGUGCUCGUUACUCACGUUCGGAUCGGGAAGAAUCUGAAACGACGCGCCAACGUGCGACAUCGGCGCGAUAGCUGCGCGACGUCAACUGUCGAGCGUGUUGCGCUCAUGUGAUCGGGCGGCCGAUAAUGAAUUCGUUCGAUUCGUUUUUCAAGGUAAAAUUCGUCUAUAAAUAUCGGACGGCAGCGUCGACGAAAAAUCGCGCGCGCGUCGCAGUAUUUUUUUUUUUACCGAUUGCGUCGUCGCAUACACCGACGGCCGCGGUUUCCCGUACGACACUGGCACCCGACGGUAACGAACAAAACAAAUCGACUCACGCGAAUAACUAAUAAAGUAAUAAUAAAUAAACGUCGGCGUAGUUAAUAGUUUAAUUAUCAGUCUGCGGCAGACGGCGGUAAUCGUAAUUACUUUUGUUUUUACUUUUGUAUUGAUUAUCGUUGUUUUUUUUUUUUAUUCUUUUCUCAUUAUUUCAUAAGGACUGCUAUUACCAUUAAUUAUUUAUUGUGCGCGUACAGACGAGUUUUGUUUUACGUUAUUGCGACGUCAAACGACCGGUAACCGCGUAUACCGCCUACGUCCUGCAAGGUUCGAGACGAAACCCUCGUCCGUGUCGCACUCGUAGAAAAGAUAUUAACCCUGCUGCGGCCGCAACAUUCCGCGUCCGGCCGUUUAAAAUCGUUUCGGAAAAUAAUAAAACCUUGUCUCCGGAUUUCAAACGCGGAUUAAAAUCCAAUGAAAACAAUCUAAACUCUUCGUCGCCCAAGCACGCCCGCGGGAUAAAAUACCACCAGGCGGCAAAACGUUUUAGUCUAGAAAAUAUAUUUCGUAUUGUUACGGUAAAAUGGUGCGUCAUUAUGCGUUAUAAAAGUGUGUACAAUUGAAAAUCACAUAGAAGGGGGGGGGGAAACAGCACAUUUUGUCACCCCUUCCCCCGCGGCGGUAUUCGUCAUAAUUAUUGCGAUAUAGGCGACUCUGAUGAUUUUCGGGGCUCGGGGUCAGUACCGUAUUUACGGGAGGACGAGACGGUUUCGGAUCUAGGACAAACUGGGUAGUUUUUCGGCUACGUCUUGUCCCCUUUACUUUUGAAAAAACCGCUGUCCACAUUAACACCCUAGCCCGAAAAUAAUUAUAAUACACGCCUGCGUCGCCCGUGGGCCUUAUACUAUAACAGCGUGAAACCCGGAAAAAAAAAAAAAAAUUCCAACGUUUUAAUUUGAAUAAUAUUGUGUGUAAUUUUAACGACACAAUAAUACGAAAAAUAAAUAAACAUACAAUUUUAAUUACACAUUUGUGUGUGUGUGAUGUUAUCGCACGUAUCACGGUUAUGUUGUUUUAUCAGUCAUAAUAUAGCAAGGUGGCUUAAUAAGAUGUAAUCACUUUCACCCGCCCGCCCGUAUUAAACCGAUUGAAGACAUUACUGCAGUAAAUCGCCUCGCGUAAUGUAAUUAUGUGCGUCUUACCGAUUAUCGGAUUGUUAUUUUAUUGAUCACUCGAUUACGUACCAGUAAUUAUAUUCCAACACAUUGAAAAAUAAACAAACAAAUGAUUUAAUAAUUGAUUGAUUGGUUUUUUUUUUCUUCUUUUGAGUCUCUCUUUUUACCGCGUACCACUACCAUUACUUAUAAGGUCGUAUUGCACAUACCGCGGUUUGAUUUUAAUAUAUCAUAACCUCGGACCGGAAAUCGAAAAUAAUACCUACUUAUAUAUAUAUAUAUUUUUUUUUUUUUUUGCUUAUCAUUAACUAUGGCCUCAAACUUUGCAACUCGCGGGUUGCCAAAAAAAAAAAAAAAACAACAUUUUCGCCCGCACGAAAUUCGCGAAAAAACCGUUUGGGCCUCGACUCUAUUUAACAGUAAAGCCAGCGGGGUUAUGGUUUAAAAUAAAAUAUAUUACCCAAUCGCGUGUGAUAAUAUUAGGUGUGAUGCACCUAAUCAACCGGCAUGAUGUUCAAAAAUACUUAAUUUAUCUUUUUGUCGCGCAUUACAAAUAAUUUGUUUAAUACCGGUGAGAUUAUAAUUAGAGCGCGAAUACGUGUUUUUAAUGCGCAACCGCGGAAACAGGAUUGUUAAAGUCGAAAAUAUUACAAAAUAUGUUUUUCGCACAGGUGCGUAUUUCGACGUUAAACGGGACACAUCCAUGUAAAUCAUAUUUGUUACACCUUUGACCGAUUGAGAAUGUACGAAUCGAAAUAACUCCGAGAAUAAUUAAAAAAAUUAUACGUGCACAUUUUUUCAUACGUUUUGUAAUAAUUGGGUGCGUACGUCGCGUACGGCCGUAUUCAAUGCCGCCACGAUUUGAUAAUUUGCAUUUGAUGAUAAUGAAGCGCGAAAAUUAUUAUUUAUCACAAUACGAGUAAAGUGAAUGACGUACGUUCAUAUAUUGUUUGCUAGUCCUGCGCAUUAAACUAAAAAAAAAAAAAAAUUACACAACUGUUCAAUGGGUCCGUUUUUCCUCCAGUGAUAACGGGUUAUCGUUUUGUAUUCGAAGUCUAUUAAAAUUAACAAAUCGCGUAUUUUUUUUUAUUUUUUUCGCAUUUUGUGACCGUUGUGUACAUUGGUCGAUUUACAAAGUGUUUUAAUUCAACGAAAUGCCGAAACGACGAUCUAGAAAAAAUCAGUUUAUUAUUAUUAUUUUCAUAACACUAUCGAUUUUGUUAAUCAUUAGGUAUUAAAUUUUGUUUUGCACACACCCAAGUGCAUAUUUUGACGAAUGUGCCCAUUGAUUAUUGAUGUGAAAAACAUAUUUUUUCUUUUUCAAGGGAAUAUAAAUCCGCGUUCAAAAACUCGUAAUAUUCUGUAUGCAUGGUGUGUGCAAAUCGAUUUUGGGCGUUCAAAAUUUUCGCUGGAUAUUGAUGAAAAAAUUAUACCUAUGAUUGUUCGUUUACAUAAUACAAAAAUCCAACGCGACCAUAGAAUUAUUGAAGGCGAUUCGCGAGGCCCGGAACAAGAUGGAAGCAUGCAAUGUGUGCCGUAGAAAAAAAUUAUUAGAACCGGUCCGCGAAAAUGUGAGAAUAGAGGAUACGUGUAACAGGGACAGAAGGAUUUCAAGGAUACAGUGGCGACGCGCGUGGGAUUACAAAAUAUUUAUUUUAGGAUCAAUGAGAAAACGGCGGUGGGGGCAUUAAUAGUAAAUCGUCUGUUCAAUAAAUUAUUAUUUAUACAUAGUUUUGUCCGAAAUAAAAAUCGUUUGUGAAAAUACCAGACCAAGAGUGUACGUAUUUUCAAGUUAUAGUUUCGUAACUACACGGUUUCGGUAUACCGCCAUCUUCAGGUUACCGAUUACAUUGUUUUUGGUUUGAUUGCCUAUUUACGUAUCGAUAAAAAGAUAAACAUUUAAAUUUGAAUCGAUUAAAUGCAACGUAAAAACACACUCUAGUUUUUUUUCCCCCUAACGACUUUUUACAUUGAUAAUAACAGUGUCAAAAUCUCAAACUCGUUUAUGCAUUGGCAAACGCGGUGUUCGUACUCGAAAUAAUAAUAAUAAUAAUAAUACACGACGCUUAGUACGUACAGUACGACUACGUGGAAAAUUAUUAAUAGACCGUGAUUGAUACAAACGUGUAUCGUGAUAUCGUGAUUUCCGGUGCGAUAUUAUUUGGGGGGGGGGCCGGGACGCUGAUGAGAAUUGACGUGCACGGACCGACCGUAAUGCACGCCGCACGGGCGCGACUAGAGCCUGAAUAUCGGGGGGGGGGUGCUAAAACUACGCGACGAAAAAUAACCCGUGCUGCGCCCCCCAAAUGCCAUUUCUCAAUAUCAUUUCUCGGAUCGCUACAACCGUUGUCUAAUGAAACGCAUCCGUUACAUUUAUGCGCGGUUAAAACUUUUUGACAAUGCAAUUUUCGCGUUUGUUAAAAACAGCAGGCGAACACGGACACUCGGCUGAGCAGUAAUGGGUCAAUCGACAGUCGCGAAAAACGUUGCAAUAUUAUUUGUUUCAGUUAAAAAAUUAAUUAAAAAUAUUGUAAUUUUAUUGGUGUUACAUUCAUUAUUUUUAAAUAAAUAAAAAUAUCGUGGUUUGCCGUAAAAACCUAUAAAAGUGGUAGUUAAUCUAAAUUAUCCAGUAGCAAUAAUAAUAACAUUCGAUUUUAUAGAUUCUCAAAAGACCAAUAUGUUUAUUGAAUUGUGGGUUAAUGCACGUGAACAAAUAAAAAAAAUAGUGUGAAUGUUAAAAACAAAAAUUAUAUAGAAUACAAAUUGUUGAAUGCACUUAUUGUACACCUAUUUAUGUCAAAAUUAGAUAGUGUUCAAUACAUUUUUAAGACGAAGCAUACGUUCAAAAGUCAUGUUAAAAUGACCUGAUAAAUAAAAUGGAUAACACAAUAGAAAAUAUGAAAGUGCAUGGUAGUAAUAGAAUAUUACCUUUUCAAACUGGUGUAGUUUAUAAUAAUUGAAUAGUUCAUUUUUUCAAGUACCUAUAGGUAUGAUAUGUAUAAUGUCUUUUAGGAAUUUUAAUAACCGAUGCCUCUUUAAGAAAUCGUUUGUUUGAUAUGAAAACAUAUUGUGACGACAAUAUUACAUAUACUUAUUAUGAUAAGAAAACUUAAUUCUGACUAAAAAAUAUGUUUAGUAAUCUUAAAGGGAUGGUUGGUUAUAAUACUCAUAUAGUCAUAUGUUCCUAUUGAGGUAAAUAUUGGUAUUUAAAUAUGUUAAUAUUUAAAUUGUAUUAGCAUUACAUUAACAUAUAAAUAUUUAUUUAUUUUCAACCAAAUAGCUUAGGUGUAGUAGUACUUACUGGGCAAACACUCAAAUAUGGUGUUCACAAAUAACCACAAUACCGAAGAUACAGACAAAAACUGUUUAGUAGAUUGUUUGUCUGGAACUAUUUUUAAUGGUGAAGAGAUGGUGAAUGAAACGCAAACUAAUCUUGCAGGCAUAAUUUUAAUGAUACAUUAAAAACUAUAUCCGAGCUAAAUGAAAGUGUUCAUUUUGAAGUUUCAGAACUCAAUACAACGCUGUUGGAUAAUUUUAAAAUACAGGUAUUUUUAUAGCAAUUUGAUUAAAGACAAAUAUUUUAUUAACUUACAGAGAAAGAAUCGUACUCAUUGAAUGUAUAAAUAUUUUGAUUUUUCACAACAAUUGUUGUUAUAUGUAUAUUGUUAAUAUUAGACAGUGGUAGAUAACAGUGAGAUGUUUACAAUAGAAAAAGAUUGCCUAGUAUUCUAGGCAAUCGGGGUCUGUAGUAAGUAAAUUUAUUGCAAAAUAUCCCCACUUGAGUGAAAAAGUUCUACAUUGUUCUGAGGAAAAUGCAAGUUGGAUAUUUCAAAUGGCAAAAGUGAACUUAAUUAGAUCAUCCGAAUACAAUGGAACCUCGGAUAAGUUGAAAUUCAUAGGAAAUAUGAUUUUUUCGACUUAUCAAGGUUUUCGAGAUUUUAAGAAAAAAAAUUUGACUUCGAGUUUCGAGAAAUUCGAGUUUUUAAAUGUCUGUACCAACUAUAGUUUUUAAUUAUUAUACAGUAAUGUGUACAUAUAAUUACAGUGUGUAUUUUUCUUCUUAUUGGGUUUUCCGGGCAUCAAAACCACCAAAUUACACAUCCAGUCCACCAUCCUUCCCUAUCCACCGCUCUUGUUCUCCAAUCCCGUCCUCCAUUCAGUGUUUCCUCGUCUUUUCUUAUCACAUCUUCCCACCUCAAUCGUGGUCUUCCCAGUGGUCUCUUACCAACUGGAUUCUCGUCCAUGAUCAUUCUUAUGAGAUGGUUCUGGCUUCGCAUAGCAUGUCCAGUCCAUUAAAGUAUUCGGUUUCUAAUUACGCUUAAGAUGUUUUGUUUCCGAAACAUCCUUACCAGUUCCUCAUUUUUUCUUCUUCUCCACUCUCCCGUUUCUUUGUCUUUAACAGGUCCAAAAAUCUUUCUUAAGAUUUUCCUUUCAAAAACUAGUAAUUUCCUUUCCUCAGUCUUUGUUAAUGGCCAGACCUCAGCCCCAUAAGUGACAAUUAGACGUAUUAAGGUAAUAUAUAGUUGUAUAUUCAUUUCUAUAGACAGAGAUCGUGAUCUUAGUAUUUUUGUGAGUCCAUAAAAGUAUUUAUUUCCUUAUAGGAUUCUUGAUGCUAUUUCUUUGUCAUCUCUGUUUCAUUUUUUUCUGUUAAUAUUGAACACAGGUACUUAAAUUGUUUGACUCUACUGAACUCAUAUCUACCAACGUUUAGGUGUGGAAAAUCGGCCGCACUAUAAGUAACAAAAAGUUUAUAUUAAACAUAUAGGUUAUUAUACCUAUUUAUACCUAUACAUAUACCUAUUUCAUUUUAGGUAUAAUACAAAAAGUAAGUAAUUUAGUAUUAAAGCAAAUUAUAAAUCAAAUUAACAUUACUGUGGAGUUAAUAAACUCAAAACUAUUCAGUAUGCACGAGUACAUUUAUAAGAUUAAAUAAAGCUAUGGGUAACAAACAAAAUAUUCGAAGUGAAAAGAUUGCGUGUUAAAAAAUGUGUAUUUUAAAUGUUCAUGAAAAUUAUGUCUACUCAAUAAUCAUAAUAAAUAUAAAUUUAAAAAUUUGGUUUGUUAUUUUGAAUUUGUUCUUUUUAGUUCUUGACAACUAAAAUAUUUAAAAUUACUCCUAGUAGUGGUCAUGAUAUCUGCGUAUCAUAAAGUUGUGAUCGUACAUAUUUAUUUAACCAAUAUAUUUUUUAGUCAUGGUGCUACAGAUAAUGUUAUCUAGCGGAAAAUAUUUGAACUACGUUUGGAUUCCUUUAUCAAGAUUCAAGAUCAUACUUGUUAUCAAUGGCGGUUCUUGUUUGUUGAUAUUUAUAUUUCAUAUAACAUUGUAAAUUCGUGUGAUGUAGUUUUGAAUUUUGUUUAAUGUUGUUCAACCAACUUGACUGCAAUAAGUUUGUAUAGUUUUUAGUUCAUUCAGCGUGUGAUCCGAAGACUAUUAGUUUGCAAUACGAAAUAUCCCGUGGACCAUAGAAAUUAUACCCUAUUCAAACAAAUUGGAAUGUCAUUCUGUCUACAUCUAUCAUAAUUAUAAUAGUUGUUUUUAAGUUUAUACUUGUUAUGAUUGGUAUGUUUAGAGAAGAAAGAUUAAUAAAAUAUGUAUAAUAUUUAUUAAAAUAUAUCAGUGACUAAAAAUAUUUUAUCUCAAUAGUUAUAAUAAAUGUAAUUAUACUAACCUGUUUGUUAUUUUAAUUUGUUUAUUAACUGUAUAAUAUGCAUUUUUAGUUUAACUGCAAGUUAACUUCUUCAAGACUUAUAUUGUACCUGAUCAAAUUUAUGUUUUAUCUCCAAAAUGAAUUUAGAAUUGCUUGGUAAGUUACAAGUAUCUGUAUGUUGCAAAGGUAAAAGCUGACAAUAAUUAAUAAAAUAAUUCUUGUUUUCGUUAUACAAAUAUGUUACAAAUUUUAAUAUUAUAUUGGUUUACAAUAAUAGUAUUACAGUAUUUACCUUAUGAAAGGUAAAAUUUCUAACGAUUGCAAUUAAUUUAAAGUAAUUGUUUAAACAGUAAUUAAUUAUUUAAUUGCUACUUAAACAUGGUGCAUGGAGAAAAAAACUAAAGGAAAAAAUCAUUAAAUUAUUUAUUUAUUUUACAAUAUUUUAGAAAAUAAUAUGUUAUAGGUAUAUAGAUAAUUGUUUACUAUUAGAUAUUUCCAGGAGAAAUGCUAAAAUGCUUUUGCUUUCAAAAAUAAAAAAUAACAGUACAAUAUAAUCGGCUGCAAGUUAUAAGUUAUCUGUAAAGAUAAAUAGUUGAAACGGGGGGAUUAUUAAGGUUGUAUAAAAAUAUACUGGUAAUGUGCUGACUGUUUCUGUUAUGUGUCAUAUUGUAUUGUGGCUUACAAACUGUACAAUUAGAACCAUGGAAAUUAGGAAAUCAAAUAAAGAAACAGAGAUUUUGUUAUCUGUAUGUUCAGAUAAAAUUUAAAUUACAAACCAAUUCGUUUUUAUAUUUUUAUUAUUUUAAUAUAUUUUUCAAAAUUAUUGUAUUAUUAAAAUAAUAUAUUAUAUUAUUUAUGUUAAAAUUUUGGUUUCUUUUUCCGGGAUUUUCAAACGUACUACCUAUUAACUAUAUAAAUGUUGUAUAUCUAUAUGUAAACAAUUUGUACAUUGUAUAUUUUUUAAACUACAACUUUAAAUAAAUAUAUAUCUAUAUAUUUAUGUGAAAAGUUAUUGAAUUGUUUUAUUUUACAGAAUCAUUUGGACAAAAUUAUCCUGAGGUAAUUUCACUUAUUUAUUUAUUUUUGUUGUUGAAAAUUAAAUUGUUUGAAUAUAAUUUUAUAAUAAAAUAGUAGUAGGUAUUAUUUAAUAAAUAGUAGUAUUUUCUUAUUCAAUUCUAAAUCCAUUAGAAUAAGUUUUCUUUUUAAAUGUUGUUAUCUAUUUUAUUUUUGAUUUAAUAAAUAAAUAAUUUAAUAUUUUUAUUUUUAUAGGAAUUUGAUGGAGUUCUUGAUAGUAUAUCAUUAGCUGUAACAUGUGUGUUCAAUAAAUAUGGUACUCUCUUAGCAGUGGGUUGCAAUGAUGGUCGUAUUGUGAUUUGGGAUUUUUUAACCAGAGGAAUUGCCAAAAUUAUCACAGCUCAUAUGCAUCCGGUUUGUUCUUUAAGGUUUGUUCCUUUUUCAAAUUUAAAUUGUUUUGAAGUUUGAACUACUAAUAUAAUUGCGUUUGUACACAAUUUAAUGUGGCACACUGGCACAGUAAAAGAAAACUAAUUAUAUUUUGUCAUGUAUGUAUUCUUAAAUUGUGAUAAAAUUCUUGUUAAUCAUAUUGAAGCCCACACAAGUAUUUGUAUUACAUAUUAGCCUGUAACAAUUGUUAUUAGUCUCAUCAUUAUGAUGAUUGAUAAAACAAUGUUAAAUAAAAAUGGAUUAAGAAUUUAAGACUAGACUGAAUUACUAUAAAUGAUUCUAUAUAGUCUCAUCCAUAAAUAUAAUAUACUAAUGAAAUUCAAUUUUUAGUUGGUCAAGGAAUGCGCAUAAAAUAUUAAGUGCAUCUACUGACAAUAAUGUUUGCACUUGGGACAUAUUAACUGGCGAAAGAGAAGAAAUGUACAAAUUUCCAUCCCCUGUAUUAAAAGUGCAGUAUCAUCCUAGAAAGAAAAAUCUGUUUCUUGUUUGUCCGAUGAAACAUGCAGCUGUGCUCGUGGACACUGAGGGAAAUCAUAAAUUAGUGCCAUUAGGAGAAGAAGUCUGUUAAAUACUAGUUUUAAUUUUAUUUUAUUCAUAACUUCAUAAGUUAUAUAUUACAUAGAAUAUAAAAACUAUUAUGGUAAAUUACAGUCUGAUCUAAUGAUAGUUGCUUCAUUUGAUCGCCGUGGACAGUACAUCUAUACAGGAAAUGCACGUGGUAAAAUAUUAGUUUUGACUUGUCCUGAUCUCGAUCUCAAAGCUUCAUUUAAAGUAUCUACCGGAAUGACUGGUAUAAAGAGUAUUGAAUUUGCAAGGAGGGGAGAUUGCUUUUUACUCAAUUGUUCAGAUCGUGUGAUCAGGGUAUAUGACGCCAAACAUGUUUUGGAUAAAGGCAGGGAUGGAGAUACAGAACCCAUUCAAAAACUCCAAGACUUGGUUAACAAGUAAGUUAUUAUUUACUUUAUGAAUGUACAGGUUAGAAGUACAAUGACCAAUGGUAACAAUUACAAAUAAGGACUAAAAUCAAUAGUAAAUAAUAAUAUCAAAGGUAAUAACAAGAUUUAAGUACUUUUUAAAUACUUUUUUUAUCUAAAAUGAUUGAUAGUUUCUUUUCAUUUUUGUUGUUACUGUCAAUUUGAAUACACUGAUUACUCUGAAUGUUGCUUUAAUAUUCCUUGUUUUUAACAUCUAAUUAAUGAUUUGUAGAACAAUGUGGAAGAAGUGUUGUUUUUCCGGUGAUGGUGAAUAUAUUUGUGCAGGUUCAGCUCGACAACAUGCGUUAUAUAUUUGGGAAAAAAGUAUUGGAAAUUUGGUUAAAAUAUUACAUGGAACAAAAGGAGAACUUCUGCUGGAUGUUGUUGUAAGAAUUAAAAUUAUACAAAAUACAAAAAUGUCAGGGAUUUAAUAAGUGUAAUGUUUUUUUUUUUUUUUUUUACUAUAAAGUGGCAUCCAGUACGAGCAAUAAUAACUAGUAUAUCCAGUGGUUUAGUGUCUGUGUGGGCACAAAAUCAAGUUGAAAAUUGGUCAGCGUUUGCACCCGAUUUUAAAGAACUUGAUGAAAAUGUUGAGUAUGAAGAAAGAGAGUCUGAAUUUGACCUAGAAGAUGAAGAUAAAUCUAUUACUAAAGAUGUACAACGAUGCGAUGAAGAUUUCGAGGUUGGUGUAUGAAAAUAUGUUGAAUGUAUCAUUUUUUGGAUACUAGUGGUUUUACUUGCAGUUUCUCAUGCCAAAAGACACAGUGAACUGUGUAAUCAAUUUCUUAGUGACUAUUGUUCGUUGUGCACAUCCUUGCAAAAACUAUUACAGCCCUUACAUUUAAUUAUUUUUUUAUUUUGUUUGUUUUAACUUUUUUUUUAUUUCAUCUAUAAUCACCAAGGCAAUCCAUAAAUCAACAAAAAUUAUUCUAUAUUAAUUACAAAAAUACCAAUUACUCAAUGUGAGACUCCUCUUAGGGAGGAUUCCACAUAUAUUAUAUAUAUACACUUUUCAGAAGAAAUUCUCUAAAUGAUAGUGAAUACUUAAUACCAUAACAAAAUCUGUUGCAUAGUUUAGAAUAACCAAGUGCACAGACAGACAGAAAUAGCGACUUUAUUUUAUACUAUUUAGAGAUAGUAAAAAUUGUUAAAAGUGAAUUCCAAGUAAUAGGAAAUAUUUUCAAUAGUUAUCAUUGAAAUAUUAUUAAUAUAGUUUAAAACAAUUUUUUCCAUUUCAAACUUUUUUAAUAGGUGUUUAAUAUUUAAAGAUUUUUUUAAAAAGAAAAAUCAAUUUUGAGAUUUUAAAUUAAUUCCUUAUUAUUUUAAUUUUUAAAAUCAAUUAUUAUAAUAAUUUUUGUUUGUUGUAGAUUUAUUUUUUCCGAGUGAAAAGAAAAUUCCUAAUAAAAUAUAAAUUAUAAAUUCAUUUUUAUUAGCAAAUAAUAUGUUUUUAGGUUGAUGUAGAAAAUGCUGAACCUGUAGCAGCAUUUUGUAGUUCUGACGAAGAAGGCACUAUUGAUGAUAUCAAGGAUGCUCUCUUAUUUUUGCCAAUUACUCCAGAAAUUGAAGACCCUGAACCAGAUAUGCCACCCCCUCCAGUUUCAUCGUCUUCUUCUAAGUGCCGUACAUAUGAUAUUCAUUUAGAUAAUACUACUGAUGGUUAGUUUUAUUUUAUAUGCUUUUCUUUAACUUACCUUGAGUCGUGUCAUAAAAUCUUGCAAACUUAGAUAAUUUAGAUCAAUUUAUACAAUAAUUAUGUAAUAAUAAGACUAGUUUUUUAAAAUAUCAAAAAUGGUUAAAUAUAGGUGACUCUCCUCUAUGCAGUGGCAUAACUAGAUUGAAAAGGCCUCGGGGAAAUUAAAAAACAAGGCCCUCUAUAUACUAAUAUAAUCUUUAUGAAAAUUCGAAAUAUACCUACACGUAACAUUGUUUUUUUAAGUGUAAAUACUUACUAUGGAACCACAAAUGAAAAUAAUAAACAUUGUCGUGUGAAUUAUUAUUCUAUUUAAAUAGUGAUUGUGACUGGAAUUACCAAAUAAGAUUUAAAAGAUUCAUUUUUAAAUACAUCAAAAUUUGCAAUUAUUUUAAGAAAGUAAUUUUAAAAUAGUCCAAGGCCCCUUGAACUCUGUAGCCCUUAGACACUGUCCCACCUUGCCCUGUAAUAGCUACACUACUGCUCCUAUGAAGUGAUUAAGGUAUCAAGUUUUUCUUUUAGUUUAUCAGUACAUUAUUAACAAUUAUAUUUAAAAAAAUUAUUUUUACUUUUUAGAGAAAUUUUUUUAGAAAACAUUUAGAUUCUGAGCGAGUAAAGAAUGUAUAAUGUAUUGAUUUUACAAUAAUAUUUUUUUUUUUGAAGUGAACACUUUUUUUACCAGAAAGCUUACUCCGUUUAUUAAUUAUAGCACCUUUUCUGGAAGGAAAUAUUCUCUAGUUGGUACUUUAAAGAUGUCAUUUUUUGAAAUUUUUAUUAAUAUUCGAGAUAAUGAGGAAAACCUGGUUCUUUAGGUUAAAAAAGAUUGACAAAUUAAAAUCUCGGUUGUCAUGGACAAUAAUUUUUAUUUAUUUUUGUUAAUAUUUAAUUUUUUUUAAACAAUUAUUAUUGUCAUAGAAACGCACAUUGUUUAAAAACAAUAUAGACUGAGCUAUAUUAAAAUAAAAUAAAUUUUGAUUUCAAUACAGUAGAACCCUGAUUAUUUAAACCUCUGUUAUACAAACUCUUUAUUAUCCGAAUUAUAAUUAGCGUAGCCAAUGUUAAAACUCAUUGAAGCACUCGUACACCCCUUUUAUACAUUUAUAUUACAUUGUGUGGUUUUAAGUAAAAUAAUAAUGUUUUAUUAAUUUCAGAGUUGCAUCCUUUGCUGAGUAACAAAACCAAGGAGAAACAAAUUACCGGUGGUAAAAAAGGUCAAAAAAGAGGACCCAAACAAUAAUAAUAAUUUUCUAUUUGUUUAAAUGUACAAUUGUAUAUUUUUAGAUAAUGGAUAGGACCACUGUACUAUCACAAACCCUUAUUUAUAACUUGAAUUAUUAAUAAUAUUGUU